UACUAGAGUUAAAUUUAGCAUAUAAUCCUUUAACUUUUAAUGACAUGCUUCAUGUAAUGGAGAAUUUAAAAGUUAUGAAACCUGGUCGCAAACUAAAAGUUUUAGAUUUAACGGACAAGUAUAUUCCCAAACAAUGUCAAGAGAUUGUGGAACAAAUCAGUCCUAAAAGGAAUAUUAUUUUUCGAGGUUAUCUAUGUGAUUAUUCAAUAAAAGGCCCUAAUAUGAAAUUACUAUUUAUUAACCGAUUAAAAGCAAUGUGUGAGCCGAAGAAGACUAAACCCAAGAAUAAGGAUAAAUUUGGAUCUUUCUUUUAUGCCAUGGAAGAAGAUUAUGUUAGACAAAGAGAUUGGUACAACUUUAUAACAGAACUUUGUCAAUGUCCCCGAUUAACUAGAGAUAAAGAAUUUAUAAAAGGUUUAGCAAAACAGUUCACAGAUGAAACGAAAAAAGUAAAUGUUGCCGCAUUGCGUGAUAUGUAUCUAGAAACAUUUCCAGAAACCAAAAAACCUCCAUCUCCUAAAGAAGAAUUACCACUUUCAGUACCUAAAAAGAAAAAGAAGAAAGAGGGCAAAGAAAAGGGAAAAGUUACCAUGAAAAAAGUGAAAAAGCCAUAAUUUAAUUUAAAUUUUUAAUAGGAUUAGGAACAUUUUUUAAUCGUAACAGUCAAUGAUUUAAUAUUAAAAUCUUUUAUUGACGAUCGUUCUGCAAAUGAACACAUUAUUGAUAAAUGGUAAGUAACCUGGUGGUCUAAAUUGGAACUACUGGAAAAGCGGCCCACUCCCUGUUCUAAUUAUUACGAUUUUGAUUG